UGUGUCCCUCCCCGUGCCCAGCCUGGCCGAGCUGUGGGACUGGGGCUUGGACAGGAAGGAGGCUUCGCAGGACGAGGGCGCCAGAGCCAAGACCUGCUCAGCGCCGUUGAACUCCAGCGUGUCCAGCGCAUCGCUGAUCCCAGCCGCCGACCUGGAGCUGAUGCUGGAGGAGGCAAAGGGGCUGGGGGAGGAGACGCUGCAGCACCUCGAGGACAUCCAUGUGGUCGUGCUGCACAAGGAGGAAGGCGCUGGGCUUGGCUUCAGCCUUGCAGGGGGCACCGACCAGCACCGGCGGGUGACGAUCCACCGUAUCUUCACUGGCGGCUUGGCCGCGCGGGACGGCUCCCUGCACCUGGGUGACGAGGUGCUCUCCAUCAACGGGCACCCGCUGGGGGGCUGCAGCCACGCACAGGCGCUGCGGGUGCUGCACGGGGCCCGAGCCGCCCGCCAGGCUGUCGUGGUGCUGCGCAGGGGCAGCAAGGACGUGGCCCCCAACGGGACCACUCUGUCUACGCCAGAGGAGCCAGUCACGGUGCUGUCGGUGCAGCUGAUGAAGGACUCGGGGGGCCUAGGCUUCAGCCUAGCUGGAGGCCGGGGCUCACUGCGCGGGGACCAGCCGCUCACUGUCCAGAGGGUCUUCCUGGGUGAGGCACUGGGGGGCAGCAGGGGUGACCGGCCAGAGGCGUGAUACCAGAUCUGGGGGGAGGGCAGGGCAGGGCAGGGCAGGGCAGGAUGGGUGCUGGA